CGCGUUAAAGGAGCCGGGAGAGCGCCAGGAGCAGCGCGACCACCGCCGUGGGGCCCAGGAUCGCUCUUCCUGCAGAAUUCCAAGGAUUCCCUCACCAUGACUCUGGCCGCCUACAAGGAGAAGAUGAAGGAGCUGCCCCUCGUCUCCCUCUUCUGCUCCUGUUUCCUGUCGGAUCCCCUCAACAAGCCGACCUACGCCUACGAAGACACGGUGGAUCUGACCUGGUGCGUCAUCUCCGACAUGGAAGUGAUCGAGCUCAACAAGCGCACCUCGGGCCAAUCCUUCGAGGUCAUCCUGAAGCCGCCAUCCUUCGACGGAAUUCCGGAAUUCAACGCCUCCCUGCCCCGGCGCCGCGACCCUUCCCUGGAGGAGAUCCAGAAGAAGCUGGAAGCGGCGGAGGAGAGGAGAAAGUACCAGGAGGCGGAGCUGCUGAAGCACCUGGCGGAGAAGCGGGAGCACGAGCGGGAAGUGAUGCAGAAGGCCAUCGAGGAGAACAACAACUUCAUCAAGAUGGCCAAGGAGAAGCUGGCGCAGAAGAUGGAAUCCAACAAGGAGAACCGCGAGGCCCACCUGGCGGCCAUGUUGGAGCGCCUCCAGGAGAAGGUCUGUUCCCAACCUCCGCACGGAAAAUCCCACCCUCACCACCUCCAGCUCCCUCCAAAACAUCCGGAGCCCGCCCAGUGCCCUUCUCCGAACGCCUCCGCUGGGGCAGAGGCGGAGAGCGCCAGAUAAUGCCGGAAAAUCCCAGCUAAUCCCAGCUCCAUGGGGCUUCCCGGGACGGUUGACGUCUCCCUCGUAGCCAGAGGGCGAGGACAAAGUGUCCCCAAGUGCCACCAGCAGCCCUUAAAGUGACCCCAGGGGAGGAGAGGACGCUGGUGACCCAUCCGUGGCGUCCCUCGGGAUGAACCUCGUGCCUUCAACCCCUCCGGAGCCGCUGUCCGUGGGGAUCCCGGAAUCCUGGAACCCGGCU